AUGGCUCCCAGGAAUCGCGGGGGUAGACCGACCCUCAGCCAGGGCCUGGACCGUGAGGUGUAUCAAGUCGUGCGCAAAAUUAUUGACGACCAACCCGAAACCGGUCGUAUUCGUCUUUCAGUCCCAGCUAUUUACGAUCAAUUAAAAAAGUCAAACUCAAGUUUAAACCGGAAACCAAAGAAGUUACUAGAAGACAGCCUGGAACGAGUUUUAGAAGUGGUGAAGAGCGAUCUCGGUGAAGACGAGGAGGACUCGGUGGACGGCGACUUUGAAGGCCUGGAAGAGCCUCCCGCUACGGAGCCAAAUGGUGUGAAUCAAAGCAUUGUUGGCAUGUGGUCUACAACAAAAGCAACCCCAUCUCGAAAGACCGAUUCGAGCGGCACACCUGCACCCCCCAAAAGACGACGAGAUGGUGGUGAAUCUGCGUCCAAGCGGCGCAAGGGCGAGCCGAUUGAUCGAUCCCCACCUACACAUGUCAGUCUUGCGGACUUGGGUGGACUAGACACUGUGGUCCAAGAACUCGGCGACCUUCUCAUCCUGCCAAUGACCCGACCCCAGGUAUACCUUUCGUCGAAUGUGCAGCCGCCUCGUGGUGUGUUGCUACAUGGACCACCAGGCUGUGGUAAAACCAUGAUCGCUAAUGCGUUCGCAGCGGAGUUGGGUGUACCGUUCAUUUCCAUCUCUGCACCCUCCAUUGUAUCUGGCAUGUCCGGAGAAUCGGAGAAGGCUCUGCGAGAGCACUUUGAAGAAGCGAAGCGCCUUGCUCCCUGUUUGAUUUUCAUCGAUGAAAUCGAUGCCAUUACACCAAAGCGAGAGAGUGCUCAGCGAGAAAUGGAGAAGAGAAUUGUCGCUCAGCUUCUCACCUGUAUGGAUGAAAUCGCUCUGGACAAGACAGACGGCAAGCCCGUCAUUGUCCUCGCGGCUACCAAUCGCCCCGACAGCUUAGAUGCUGCUUUGCGUCGUGGUGGUCGUUUCGACAAGGAAAUCAAUAUGACCGUGCCCUCAGAGCCAGUCAGAGAGCAAAUCCUGCGGGCUCUCACUCGCAAGAUGCGUUUGGUAGAUGACCUUGACUUCAAGACUUUGGCCAAGAGAACCCCCGGUUUCGUUGGAGCUGAUCUUAACGAUCUGGUCUCAACCGCAGGAUCAGCCGCUAUUAAGCGAUACAUGGAUAUUCUCAAGUCUAACAGCGGCGAGGAAAUGGAGACUGAAGAGACGGACGAGCUUAGCCCUAAGGUCCGUGAGUUGCGCCGCCUCAUCGUACACGCAAAGGAAACUCCCAUUGGUGAAGAAAUAGAAACAGUACUCGUCUCCAAUGCAGAUUUCUUCACUGCACUCCCCAAGAUUCAACCCUCCUCGAAGCGUGAAGGCUUCGCGACCAUCCCUGACACCACUUGGGCUGAUAUCGGUGCAUUGGGUGGGAUCCGCGACGAACUGGUGACUGCUAUCGUCGAGCCAAUCAAGAACCCAGAUAUCUAUGAGAAGGUAGGUAUCACCGCUCCCACUGGUGUUCUCCUGUGGGGCCCACCAGGUUGUGGUAAAACACUACUGGCCAAGGCCGUGGCCAACGAGUCGCGAGCCAAUUUCAUCAGCGUCAAGGGUCCUGAGCUUCUAAACAAGUUCGUUGGUGAAUCUGAGCGCGCUGUCCGCCAGGUCUUUGUUCGCGCUCGCUCUUCCAUCCCCUGUGUCAUCUUCUUCGAUGAGCUAGACGCCCUAGUACCCCGUCGUGACGAUGCCCUUUCUGAAGCCUCGGCCCGAGUCGUGAACACUCUUCUCACCGAGCUAGAUGGCCUUGGCAGCAAUCGCCAGGGUAUAUAUGUUAUUGCCGCGACCAACCGUCCCGAUAUCAUCGAUCCCGCCAUGCUUCGUCCCGGCCGUCUCGAAACACUGUUGUUCGUCAACUUGCCCUCCCCGCUUGAGCGUGCAGACAUUCUGCAAACUCUUGUUCGGAACUUGGCUAUUGAAUUCACCGAUGAUCUGCGGAGACUUGCUGAGGAAUGUGAGGGCUUCAGUGGUGCGGACUUGGGCAGCUUGCUACGCCGCGCUGGUUACUCAGCUAUCAAACGUCGUGAUACUAUUAAGCUUGAGGACUUUGUGGCUGCCAAGACAUUUAUCCGACCUAGUGUUACUGAUCUGAAGAAAUAUGAGAAACUGAGGAGGAAUUGGAGUGGUGGUGGUAUCUAG